AUGGCUAAUGCGUACUCUAAGCAGCCACGUCCUCCACACACCUUCAACAACCCAUCUUACAACCUCCCAAACGGUUCCACAAGUGGCCCAGCUCCUGGAGCUACCGCACUGCUUCCAAAUAACGGCAGGGUCAUCCAGUCAGGCUCAGUUCGUAUUCUGUGCGUUGCGGAUGUUAGAGGCAACUUGAAAUCUUUGAAUGAGCUGGCCAAACAAGCUCGUGCAGAUCACAUUAUCCAUACUGGAGAUUUCGGCUUUUAUGAUGACACCUCUCUGGACCGGAUUGCCGACAAAACAUUGAAACAUGUCGCACAAUACUCUCCUCUUCUUCCGGAGUCUAUUAAACGCAGCAUCGCCCAGGUUCCUCCUCAACAAUCCAUCAAGCAACGUUUCAGCCCGGACCAACUCGUUCUUUCGGAACUGCCUCUACUUUUAAACAAGCAGCUUACACUCGAUGUUCCCGUAUACACGGUUUGGGGUGCUUGUGAAGAUGUCCGCGUGCUAGAAAAGUUUCGUUCUGGAGAAUACAAGGUGGACAAACUGCAUAUUAUCGAUGAAGCCAGCUCUAGACUGCUAGACGUUGGAGGUGUAAAGCUCCGUUUACUUGGUUUGGGUGGCGCCGUCGUGAUGCAUAAGUUAUUUGACAAUGGAGAAGGAAAAACAACCAUCGCCGGUGGCCAAGGAACCAUGUGGACCACUCUUUUACAGAUGGGCGAGUUGGUCGAUACAGCCAACCGCGUUUAUGAUCCCGCCGAAACCCGUAUUUUUGUUACCCAUGCGUCCCCGGCUCGUGAAGGCAUGCUCAAUCAACUUUCGGUCACCCUGAAAGCAGACUUUUCCAAUCUCUGCUGGCUUACAUUUUCGAUAUGGGCAGCUCGUACAACAGGCCCAGUUACGGCUUCUAAUGCCGGCGGUCAAGUCGAUGAGAGUGCUUUCAAGAAUAUGUGGAACUUCAAUCUUGCGGACGCUGCGUUUGGCUAUCUUGUUUUAGAUAUCGACGGUGGAAGGAUCGGCACUGAAAUGCGCGCCCAGGGAUUCAAUUUUUCACACCGUGGUGGGAAACCAGCGCCAGCAACUGCCCCAGCUCCGCUUGCACAACACACUACAGUUUCUCCCAUCAGCGGUGGAGCUACUGGUCCUGGAAGUGCCACAGGUGCUCCCUCUAGUCAGGUGAGGCCGCCGCCUCAAUUUGGUCAAAUGCAAGCGCAGCCCCCUCGCGGCACUGGUUCUCAAUAUCAGCCUCCCGUUUCUCAAGUGCAACCCCCGUUGCCAAAGCCAACUCCACCGAAAUCAGCCGCUUCUCCUGUGCCUGUAAUCCCAGCGAAAGAAAAGCCGGGCACUCCACAGCCAGCUGUUCCAAAUGUUCCUGCAUCUGGAAACGGCGCGUCCGCGAAGCCCGCAUCAGAACCGAAUGGAACCAUCCAUGCAAGCAAGCCCACCGAAUCGGCGCCAAAACCUGCCUCUCCUGCGGAAAAGAAAAUAAUCAACGGCCUCUUCAUUUCGAAUGUCGAUAACGAAGAAGCCAUCCGCAAACUAUUCCCCGACGAAGACAGAGCUAAGAUUCUCAAAAUUGAAAAGCUGGGUAAAUACAACAACCAUGUUGUCUCAUUCCCAACUAUGGAGGAUGCAAAAGCAGCUCUAGAGAGACAACCACUUGAACACAAGAAACCUAGCCCACCUGGACCCAACCGUAAACCCAAUGUGAAGAUGUUUGAAGAUAGAGGCGGUCGUCGCGAUGGCCAAGGCAACGCUGGAACCUGGCAAGCAAGCAAUCGUGGCGGUGGCACCGGUGGUCAACGAAGUGGAUAUCAGAGCGGAAGCGCCACUAGUGACGGUGAGAGCGGACGAGGCCGUGGUGGAUUUGGUGGUCGCGGACGAGGCCGUGGAAAUGAUCGAGGUGGACGUGGACGGGGAGGAAGGACGGGAGGAUUUGGCAAAGGUCCCUCAGGACCAGGCGAAUCCGGAUCGCCAACGCCUACAUCCGUGGGUGGUGACAAGCCAACUGAAUCCUAA